AUGGGGUUUCUCUACAAGUGCCGUGUGGCAAUAUGGGGCGUACCGCCAGCAACCAAGGCCGAAUCAAGGCUGCUUCGAAAGCUAGAUGGGUUCAUUCUAUCGUAUGUGUGCUUGAUGUAUUGGGUCAACUACCUCGAUAGGGCCAAUCUGAACAAUGCCUAUGUCUCCGGCGCCCGCGAAGAUCUGAACUUCAGAGGAACUCAGCUAAAUCAAAUCAACACGAUAUUCUACGGAGGCUACCUACUCGGCCAAAUCCCCAACAAUCUCAUCCUGCAGAAGGUCCCGCCACGGAUCUGGUUGCCAUUGACCUGCUUCUGCUGGGGCAUGCUGACGCUCGGCACGGCCUUCGUGAGCCACCCAUGGCAGAUCAUGGUUAUCAGAUUCUUUCAGGGGUUCUUCGAGUCAAGCUGCUUCGUUGGUGUACAAUGGAUCUUAGGAUCGUGGUACAAACCCGACGAGAUCGGCAAGCGAACGGCCAUCUUCACCAGCUCGGGAUUGGCAGGGACGAUGUUCAGCGGGCUCAUGCAGGGUGCUAUCUUCAAGACUCUCAACGGAAAGGCGGGCUUAGAAGGAUGGCGAUGGCUCUUCGUCAUCGACUCCCUCAUCACUUUCCCGAUCGCCAUCUACGGCUUCCUCUUCUUCCCUGAUACUCCCUCCAGCACCACAGCUCCCUACUUGAGCCUAGCCGAACGCACGAUAGCUGUCGAGCGUCUCCCGGAAGUGAGCAAAGCUCGUGGUGUUCUCGGCUGGAGUCUCAUUCGCCGCGUUGUCCUCUCCUGGCACUGGUGGGGCUUCGUCUUACUCUGGAUCGCUGGCUCGAAUACGGAGAUGUACUCCUCAAACGCCAUCAUGCAACUAUGGCUAAGAAGCACCGGCGACUACACGAUCCCGCAAGUCAAACACAUCCCGACAUCCGUCAGUGGUAUGGGAAUCGUGGCGACGUUGCUCCUUGGCUGGUACAGCGACUACGGUUCACGACCGAGAUGGCACGUCAGCAUCCUGCUUUCUUUCACUGCCAUCAUCUCGGGCGCUUUGAUGCUUCGUCCACCGACUCCUGCCGCCAAGUUCGCAGCUCUUAUUCUCAACGGAUGCCAAUUCGCCGGCCAGACCGUCUCUUUCGCAUGGGCCAAUGAUCUGACGAGGAGAGACGACGCUAAGCGAUCAGUUGUACUCGCCAGCAUGAACAUGUUCUCUGUGGCAGUCUAUCUGUGGUGGAGUAUCGUGUUCUACAACACUACGCAGGGACCGGACUGGACGGAAGGCAACUGGGCCAUGAUUGGAAUGGGUAUCUUCUUGUUCGUCAUCACGAUCAUCUGCUACAUGUUGCAGCGAAGGCAGGAGACUCACGAGGCAGUGGAGGCCGAGCGAAUGAGAAACGAGGUUGGAGAAGACAGGAAGGUCCAUGAACCAGGCGUUAGUUACGUUGGCUCAUAG